AUGAAGUCAUUUCCAAGAAAAAACCCAGAUGAAGUCCAUCAUAAAAAUGGAAUUAACAUCAAUCAACUGAUAAAUCUAACUGGUUCUAAUGAGAGUAUGGCCAAUCUUGUCAAGUUGAACACAUUUGCUGAGCGCACGCCCGAAUUAACAGCUGAAUUAUUCGAACCACUUAUGGAGCGUGAACACCUCGAAGCGCAUGACUACUGUGCAUCAGCUUAUGUACGGCACUUGCGGCAGUUUGACAAUGUUUAUCGGAUCGACUUUUUAAAACUCCCUAUAAAGAGCAUAAAAAAAUCAAACCGCUUCAGAUGUCGUUUGUAG